AUGCUUCCAACCCCAGAUACAUCCCACGUGCCCUAUUCGCGCGUCUACGAACCGGCCGAGGACUCCUUCCUCCUCCUGGACACGCUCUCUUCCCCCUCGGAAACGGCCUUUCUGCAGACGGCCUUCCCCUCCUCGUCCCCCGCGCCCUUGGUCGUCGAGAUUGGCACCGGCUCGGGCAUCGUCGUCGCCUUCCUCAACGCCCAUGCGCGCACGCUCUUCGGCCACCGCCACCUGCUCACCUGCGGCGCCGACAUGAAUGCCUUUGCCUGCCGGGCCACCGUGCAGACCGUCCUCACGGCGGCCGCCGCCAACGCCGGCUCGCACGGCAUGUACCUGGGCUCGUGGACGGGGGACCUCGCGGGCGCGCUGAGGCCGCGCGAGGUGGACGUGCUGGUGUUCAACCCGCCGGUGGGACGACGGCGGCGAGCCGAGCUGGGACGACGAGGGCUACCUGCUGAGCCUGUCAUACGCGGGGGGCAGAGACGGCAUGGAGACGACGAAGAGGCUGGUUGGGAUGCUGCCGGGGGUUUUGUCGGCGAGGGGGUGCGCCUACCUGUUGCUGUGCAGGCAGAACCGGCCCGAGGAGGUGGCGACGAGGAUUGGCGAGCUGGAGGGGUCCUGGAGGGUUGA